UUUUUUCGCUGUUGGGCAAGACGCUCCCACAACAAACUGGCACACGUGGCGGCCCGAAUAACACGAGACACGCACGCAAGCAAGCAAGCACCAUGGCACGGCCUAAGGAGAAGAAAAUCGGCAAGCGCAGAGCCGAUGGCCGGGCGGUUCCGAAGAAACCGAAGCCGGCGCAGCAACAUGAUCUUCCGUCACGCGGCGCUGGUGAUGCGCUCUCCGACGGCCACGACAGCGCCGAUUUGAUGGACGUGGAUCAGGAAGAAGGCAAGGCGGCGGCAGACGAGAAUGGUAACGACGAGGACUGGUGCGAUGAGGAUACCAGCGGCGUACACAGCAAUGGUAGAGGUCGGUCGAUCCUGAGUUUUGCGAAGUGGUCGGUGGCGUCCGCAGGUCGCGAUGCAAGAAGUGCGGCGAAAAAUUAUCCGCCGCGUGUGCUGUCGAGAAGUCUGAGUUUUUUGUGA